AUGUUAUAUGAUACUAUCAGUCAUACUUGUAACACUGUCCAAUACGAAUCGCCGCCCAGUGCCAUUGCCGUCAUCCAAAUCAUGAAGGGUGCAUCUUUCAAGCACGAAGGUCUUGGGGGUAUUUUUAACGACACUCAUGGAGGCGAGCUGGGACUGUCGGGCAGCAACGAUUACCUACAGACUCCCUUAUCACCAGCUACCGACGGAGAAAGUGGUGCCGAACAGGGACCCUUCGUGAACAGUGCCCGAGGGAUUUCUAUGAAUCAAUUCGAUGAUUGGUUCCCAGAUGGCCAAGCCCAAAUCAAGGCUGACAACCAAUCCGAAGUGCCCGUCACAAGGGGCAACCAUCGCUACUCGAGAAGUGACGGUGAGCCUCGAGUUGGCGAUGUAUGA